ACGCCUACUCCUACUAGUGAGUGAGUUUUGUUAAUUUUGUUGUUUCGCAGGAUGUUGAGUGCCGAAUUGUCGGAAAAACUGACAAAUUUAGCCCAAAUCAGCGACGAAGAUUUUCUUCUCGUCUUGUCCACCGCAAAGAGUCUCAUCGUCGCUUCCGCCACAGCAGCUUCUGCAGCUGGUGACUCGUUGCCUGGGCCGGAGUUGAACUCAUGCUUGACAACUGUUUUGGCCCUCGUCGCUGAGUCAGUUCGUCAGGAUCAGGACCUGAGAGAAUACCUGACCGAGCAGCAUUUCCCUGCGGCCAAGACAGACCUCCUGUUGAAACUUCUAGACAACGUGAGAAACGCUACCCUUGUCAGCCUUAAAUCUGUGCAGAACCACCUGCCGAAGGUCGUCGAUGCCAACUGGAGUCUAAAUUACACCGAAAAGCGCUGGAUAUGUUUGGUCGCAUGUCGUCUCGUCUGUUUACGCAGUGGACUGCCAGGUUGUAAAGGACGUGGGCCACAGGUUGACCCUUGCCGCCCCACAAACCUGCCUUUGUGUCCAGAAGGGGUGCAACUGAAUUUUCGCCGCAUAUUUCCUCAACAUGCAACAGAAGCGACCUUCGAAAUACAAAUCAAAUCAAAAUUUGAACAAUAUUAGGCUUGCAUUUGUUUCACCUGAAGGUUCGGUUGUCGUCGUCGGCGGGCAGGGAGGUUAGCAGUUCAAGCAGAACAACACCAAAACUGAAGACGUCUCCUCUGAGGGUGACCUUGCCAUAGGUGAUGGCCUCUGGGGACAUGUAGCAGGAGGUUCCUGCAAUCUCGAGCUCGGACUCCGAGUCCUGCUCCUCAUCAUCCUCUUCCUGCAUCAGGCCAAAAUCGGCCAGCUUGGGUUGCAGGGCCUCGUCCAGGAGGAUGUUGGCGCUCUUGAUGUCUCGGUGCACCAACUUCUGCGAGUGGAGGUGUGCGAGGGCUUCGGCCGUUCCUAAUGCAAUUUGCACGCGUGGCCGCCAGCUGAUUGGUUGCGACCUGCGUUUGCAUGCCAGGUUGUCCUCGAGGUUGCCCUGGUCCAGCAACUCGAGCACCAGGCACCUGAAAAUUUAAAUCAAAAGUUGAAAAAAAUUCAAGGCUCCGCUGGUAAUUUAUUUACUCCGCACUAUGAAUUCAGUCUUGAAUUUUGCCAACUUUUAGAAUCAUAAAAGCAAUUUAAUCAAAUUUGAAUUUUAUAGAGUAUUCAACCUGUGUGUCCCCUCACUGUAGCCUAACAUUCGGACAAUGUUUCUGUGUUUGAUCCUCUUGAGAGCCUCUAGUUCCACCUCAUACUGUUUUCCGGCCUUGGAGUUUCCCUGGUGGAAUCUUUUCACGGCCACUGGUUUUCCUCCAUUCACGGCAGGGACGAUGGCUUUGAAAACACAGGCAAAGGCGCCAACCCCUAUGCACUCUUCCUUCCCCUGCUCCUUGUAGUCCCAGCCGCAGCAACUUUCUAGCUCAGGGUAAGGAAUCGCUUCCAGUUGAGCGGCAGGCUCGUCAGUCGACUUUAUUACCUUUGUCUCCAUUAAAUCUAACGUAAAAAUUAAAUUUUAGCUUGGAUAUUUUUUUAUAAUUAAAAUAAUAUGAAAUCCAACUUGAAAAAAAUUAAAUUAUUCCAUUCUUACUAUAUUACACAAAAUUUAAAAUUAUUGAAGAAAAAAAUGUGGAACUAUUAAUUUUUUUCUUCAAUAAUUUAUUCAUAAUUUUAUUUUACCAGUCAAAGUUCUCCUGUGAAAUUGUUCCUGUCUCUGGACGGGCGCUCCGCCGAGCAGGUUCAUUGAGACGUAGUCGGCCGCCCUGUAGAGUUUGAGGUCGGUCAGCAGGUUCACGAGGGUGGUCAGGGUGGGUCUUUGGCGGCCACUGGUGCCCCACUCGUCGAAGAGGAUCUCGGCGCCGGUCAGUCUUGGGUUCACUUUGGCCUCGCGCUCCAGCACGCUCAGGUCCCGGGCCGUGUACUUGAGCCUGCGUCCUCCGCCAGGGUCGCCUUGCGAGGGCGGCUCCUCGAUGGCCGACAUGAGCACCUUCCACGAGUCGCGCACCUCCAGGAUUUCGCCCAACUCGCGCUUCUGUGACAGCGACAGGUGCCGCAGCUCCGUGUCCCCGUUCACCAUCGCCUCUCUGUCAUAAGCAAGGGGCCUUUGACACCACUUGUUGUUCGAGAGCACCAGCUGAGCACCAACACCACGGCACGCACGACCUCUGGCGGGCCCGGUUGCACUGCGUUCCCCACCGCUUGCCACCGCUGAUAAUCAGCUAUUUUAUCAUAAAAAUUUUAUAGCAUGGAAGAAGUUUUUUGCUUAGGAUCGUUUCAUGAGGCGGGGGGACUUCAGUCAAAAAUAUUAUAUUAAAUCAAUUCAAAGAAUUUUUUAAAUUUAAUUUUAUUAUCUGUAGGAUAGCAGCAGUGAGCGAGUAGGCGGUCUCGAGUACCAGUUGGAGCUGAACACUGUGGACACCGAGGGUAAAGAGAAGCCCGUUCACUUUGUGUGCGACGUGAAUGAGAUGCAAGAUCUGGUUGGCCAAUUGAAGCAAGUCUGCAAACACCUUGAACGCACCUCUUCCAAUUAAAAUUAAGUGAAAAAUGGCGCAAGAAGUGGCGACGACGCUGUCCAACUGCAUCCGGACGAUAGAUUGCAAGCAGGGCGCCGUCCGUGCCGUCCGAUUCAAUGCAGAUGGCUCGUACUGUCUGACUUGCGGCUCCGACCGGAAGAUCAAGUUGUGGAACCCAAACCGCAACUUGCUUCUCAAGACGUACCCUGGCCACGGCAAGGAGGCGCUGGACGUGGCCAGUUCCUGCGACAGCGCCAAACUGGUGUCCUGCGGCGCUGACAAAAUGGUCAUAUUGUGGGAUGUGAGCACUGGACAGUCUCUACGGCGGUACCGCGGCCACGCCACCGUUGUCUCCUGCGUCCGCUUCAAUGAGGAUUCUAGCGUAGUCGCGUCCGGCAGCCACGACAACUCAGUCCGUCUGUGGGACACGCGCAGCCAUAGCUAUGACCCCAUCCAGAUCCUCACCGACGCGAAGGACAGCGUCACCUCUAUCCAGGUGACUGAAAGUAAAAUUCUGACAGGAUCUGUGGAUGGCAAAGUGCGCGAGUACGAUUUGCGCGCUGGACAACUGACCACUGACACACUGGGCGAGGCCACAACCAGUGUGACCUUCACCAGGGAUGGGCAGUGUGUGGUGGCCAGUUGUGCCGAUGCCACCGUACGGUUGAUAGACACUGCUGCAGGCGAACUGCUCAAUGAGUUCUCAGGACACACCACCAAGGACUUUUGUGUUGAAGUAGCCACAGGUCCAGGAGACUCGACGGUGCUGUGCGGCUCGGCCGACGGCUGCAUCUGGAUUUGGGAGCUGGUGACCGGCAAGGUAUUGGGCAAACUUGCGCACAGCCCGCGCCCAAUCGUGGUGCCUACCCUGAGUGUGCACCCUUCAGGCAAUCAAGUGGUAUCAGCCAGCGAGGGUGCCAUCAAAUUGUGGGGCGAAAUGUCGCCCGAGGACAUUCUUGUUAGUGCCGAGUGAUCACUCUACGUGAGGAUCCACGAGAUGCAACAUCUCAGGCGGGACGGUGUCGACGACGGUGGUGUUGCCGCUGAAGCCGCCGCCAUAGUUGAAAGCACUGACCGAAGGACCGUUCAUGGUGAGUGUGAACUGAAGAAAAUCAGCGGACUGCGAACUACUUCAGUGGUCUUCUGCUGGUCAGUGAGGAUCUCCCGACUGGAUUGCUUUCUGACCGGCCUCCAACCCUUUUAUACCAGUGCCUUCAACUGCGCGCAUCUUGCCUUGUAAUGACAUUAGCACGCAAGACGCCGCCAGAAAUUGGAUAACCACGCAUCCUCUUAAUUCUUUUCCGGGCCGAAAGUCACAUUAGAGGCCGUACAAUUCCUCCGUCUUGAGAAUUUUCUCCAUCACCAUUGCGUAAACGCGCGCGCAACCCCUUCUCACCAGUGUAAUUUAGAUGUUCCCAUUAAAAGGCGGAAAUAAUUUGACCCUUCUGAGUUUUUAAAACUAUCAUAUGCAUUUUUACUGUUUUUAUUAUAAUAUUGUCAUAACAGCUUCAUUUAUUUUUUAUUUAAGUUUAAUGUUAUUGCAAAAAGUAUUGAAUUUCGUCUGUAUUGCAAAUAAUCACAUGAUAAACAUGAUUCUAUAAU